AUGACGGAGAGCGAUGCCAAGCACAGCCAACUUGUGGCGCGCCUGAAGCGCCAGACGGGCCAGCUGCGCAGCGAUCUCGAGGACGUCCAGGAUGCGGCCGCGUCCAGGUCACAGCAGUGCAGCCUGCGGAUCGACGCCGCGCGCGACCUCAUGAUCGAGCUCCAGACCGUCCUCGCACGGCCAGUCGCGCCCGUGGACUCCAGAGGCGCUCCGGAGGCCCAGGCGCUCGUGUCGGAGGCCCUGUCGCAGCUCGCCCACGCGACGUGCAGUCUGACGGGGCACAGGCCCGCCGUUCCAACGCAACAGCCCGCCCCGCGCCCGAGCAUCGCGCCCGGCCUGGGGCGCACUGAACCGUGCGCGGGGCCGGCUGCGCCGGAGCGCACGCCGUCGCCGGGGGACGUCGCGAGGGAUGCGGAGGUGGCGGAGCUGCGGCAGCUGGUGGUGGCGCUGCAGACGACGGUGCAGGGGUACCGGGCGGCGCUCGCGAGGGCCGAGGGGCAGCUGCGCGAGGAGAACCGCUCGAGCUUCCUGCUCGGGCAGCGGCGGGGGAUGCGCGUCGCGAAGCAGCAACAGCAGCGGCAAGACGAGGCGCCGGAGGUGCCGGGGCGGCAGCAACAACAUGAAGCAACACAGGCUGCGAGCCCUGUGCGCGCCGGGGCCGCGCGGGGUGCGGAGGCGCGCGGGGAGGCGGUGCAGACCGGCGUGGACCCGGCGGUCGUCGAGGACCUGCGGGCACGCGCGCGCAAGGCCCUGGCGAUCUGCGCGGGCCGGUGGCAGGCCAGCGCCCCUGCCUUCGGCUGA